AUGUCAAAAUCAGCUAAUAUUGUUUCUUCUUUAUUACCUUUGCUGAAAAUUCUAAUUUCUUUAGUUAAAUCAAAGCCAUGCUUUGUUACAAAUCAAAUCCCAUUAAUGACAACCAUGUUUUACAAUCUUUAUUCAGCGUAUCUUAAUAAUAUUCCGCUUAUUUUAUUCCAAGAUUUCCUUGAUUGUCUUAGAGAUUUUUAUACAGCAGAAAUCAAGAAUUUUCCAUUAAAAGCAUACGAUCUGCUCCCAGAAUGCAUCCAUGCCAUUAAAAAAUCAAAUAAGAAUGGGGCAAAAAUUUCUUCCGAAAGCUUAUAUGCUGUGAUAGGGAUAUUAUGUGAGGAGCAUCCACAUACUUUCCCAAAAACUGAUGCAGAAACUAUUUUAUCCUUGAUUUCUCCUUCAAUAGCUCAAUUAGAAAUUUCUGAGCUUUCCUUAUUCUCCCACUUAUCACCAUUGUUAUCAAUGGAAUGCAUACAUGAUAUUCUCACGGCAUUAUCGAAAUCUAUUAUUCCUUAUUUAAUUACUCAGCAAACUACAUUAAAAUUCCCUUCCAAAGGUGUCGACAGAGAACAGAAACCUCCAAUAUAUUACCAUGAAGUAACAUUUCAAAUCCACGAAGCGAAAACUUUUCCAAAUGGAAUCAAUUUACGACCAAACAUUACAUUACCACCGAAAACGAACUUCGAGGAUUUAUUGUCGAAUGAAAUACAUACGAGAUUAUCACUGCUUUUAAGGGCUGCUAAACUUGAUACGAUAUUUUUUAGUUAUUUCGUAACAGAAGCAACGAAUUUCGUAAAGAAAGGACAGAAUAUCGAUCAUUUACCAUUAGUUAUUAUGUCUUUGCUAUUUUUCGCAACACAUUUCUCAGUAAUUAACCUUGAAGAACCAUUUUUCGAAUUUUUCAGCCUUACUCAAGUAUUCGAUGGAAAAUAUACGAUAUUUGAUGACAUAGAGGACUUUGGCUGCCUCGAUGCCGCAAGAAAUGCAGUAGUUGAGCUGAUAAUCAAAUCUGCAAAUUACAAUUCACCAUCGUUCAUGGCCUGCGCCCAAUAUCCAUUACUCUUUCAAGAACUUAUGCACAGAAUUAUACGCGAUCUACAGUUUAUUAAUACAGAUAACUUACUUCCCCUUAUUAAGUUCAUUAUGCCAGCUUCGUUGUACUUCCAGGACCUUGAUACUCAAUCAGAUGACUGUUGCCCGGAGAUUGAAGGCGCCAGAGCCGCUCUUUUCCUUUUAAUGUCUCAUGUUUUGGGAUACGACGGUUGCGGACAAAAACUGUUCAGUAAUAAUUACUUUUCAACAUUUUUCCUAUCGUUUAUGUUCGAAGAUGCUCCACGAGAAUAUGCUCUUACGAAUUUACGAUUAUUUAUGUCCGACAACAACAACCCGAUUCCGCCUGAAUUGCUUUCCAUACUAACGCACGUUCUGAAUGUUUGCUUUUCCAACUUCCAAUGUGAAGCAUACCUCGUAAUAAUUUAUGAUAUGUUGCAAACUCUCAACGAAGUAUUGAAGCACAAGCGUUCUUCGACUCAAUUGUUUGAGAAAUUCAGGUCGUCGUUCUUCCCAUCCAUGUCAAAGUUGACUACUUUGGCUCUUUCCCAAAAAGUUUUGCUGCAAUACAUUCAAUUCUUCGCUUUGACGUCGAGUUACAAACUUUUGAACAACGCACAAUUACAAGCUCUCGAGAACUGUAUCUGCAGAGUGUUCAAUUCCACAUUACCUCAGACAUUAUGGGUAAAAUUAAUUCAAUUAGUCGCUACAGACAUAACUCCUUCCUUAAACCCAUCAUUCUAUAUCAGACAACCAGAUGCCAUCAAACUCAUGCUCAAAAUAUCUCAAGAAACAGAUAAAUUCCUUGAAGUUCUUCAAUUCAUCAACAACUUAGUCAAAUUUUCACCGGCAAACAGAACAGCUUGUUAUGACCAUGAUGUAGAUCUCUAUAUCAUAGCCAUGAUUAAGAAAUUAAAGAAUCCACCGAUAGAAAUCGUGAAUGCUUUACUUCUUAUCUUCCAAUCCGUAGCUGUUUUGUGUUCAUCAUCAACUGUAGUACAACGAUUUGUCUCUCUUUUUGCUCCAAUCCGAGGAAAAUACAUUCCUCAGCAUAUAAACCUUUAUAUGCAGAUAUUGAACCAGAUUGUACAGACGACAAUGAAACUACCAGUCAUGUGGAUGCGAAUGACGAAGGAUAGUGCGAGUUUAGAAGUACAAGGAUUAACUGCCAAGCAUUUUGAAGACGGAUUUUCAAUUGCGUUCUGGGCUUUCAUUGAUUCUGCACAAGCUCAGUAUAAACCGAUCAUCGCACAGUUCACAGAUACCCACAAUCGUAAGUUAACUUGGUUUUUCUCUGCAACGUCACUUUUCUUUACACAACGAUCGGAAACAUAUGAAAGUACGGGUCGUGUAGAGAUGGAUGACAUACCGAAACAGCAUUGGAACUUCUUUAUUCUCACUUAUAAGACUGAUAAAGACCAAUCCGUCAUGGAAACAAUUAUAAAUUGUAAAAAAGUGGAACCAUUAGAGUUCCAACCCAUGAAAUUCCAUGAUGGACCUGUUUCUUGCACGAUUGGCGGCGUUCUGCCCGAUUCUGCUGAAACAGAUCAGUUUUCUAGAAUUGGAACUUUCGCAAUGUUUCCAGUUUUAUCAGACAACCAUGGAUCUAUACUAUAUGAAGUAGGUCCAAGGCUCAUGAAUGACACAAUGCCACUAAAACCUAUAUUUUACUGUAAGAUUUUCGAUGAUCUCAGUAGAAUUGGCGUAAUGACCAUAAAUACUGACGAAUCAAUCAAAGUAUCAUUAUCUAAGAAGAAUGUUAGAGCGACACCCAACUUUUUAGGUGCUUUAAUCAACUUAUGCAAGGUUGAAAUAUUAAUUCCACUUUUCAGUGAAUUGGAUAUGUUAACUGAAGACAAACAAAAGAUUCCUGACUUCCAAAGACAAGUUUUGGAAUGUUUCUCAAACAUUUUCGCUUCAUCUGAAAAUGCCCAAAAAUCUUUCCAUUGGGGACGAGGUUUUGCCAUCAUUUCUCACUUGUUGUUAGAGGCUGAUCGUUCUAAUAUCAGAUAUUCCCUCUAUAAACAAUUCUACGCGAUGAUGCAGUCAAUAACUUUUCCUGUUUUACAGAAUGAGAUAAUGUCCGACAUAUUAUUGAACGUAGACAUCUGGUCAAGGUGUGAUGAUGAAGGACACCUCUUAGUUCUUCGUCAUUGGGCAAGAAAUCUUUUAUUAUCUUAUAAGUCUAUCGUUGUCGAAGUUCUUCCGUUUAAGAGGAUAUUAUCAAUAUUAAGACUGUAUUACUGGUACGAACCAACUGAAAAUCCUCAAAUUUUGGGAAUUGAAAAUCGCCAAAUGAGUUUGAACAUAACUGAAGCAAGGCGACUUCUCCAGUUCAUUGCUUUGAAUGUUGCGACUAUACAUCUAACAGUAGAUGACAUCAGAUGCUUGCAAAGCCACUGCAUAACUUGUUGUGAUAAUAAUCAAGUGGCAGAUUACCUUUGGAUGCUUUGCCAGCUUGGAAUGUCCAAUCCUUCGCCAUUAGAGAACCUAAAGAACGUCAUAGAUUUGACUUCUUUCAUUUUCGCGUUAUUUACAAGAAAUGAUCCGAAAAUUUAUCGUUUCGCUAUGAAUAUUUUCGUAGUUUUCGCAAGAAGGAAACUCACACCACCCGAAAACCUUCCUCAACAGAUCUUCCAGAUCAUUCAUACGCUUCAACCAAAUAAUAUGACGCCUUGGCUCUUCGAAAAGGUCAUGGAAAUGAUCAACGAUGGGUUAUUCGAACUUGUACCUGUUGCUUUUGUCUUCGCUAGGCAAAAUGAUAACUUAGAAGUGUUAUUUAACGCUGUCAAACCAGAUCCUUCCAUCGCUUAUCACUUUUCAUGGGCUCUUUGGCCGUUAUAUGUCUCCAGAUACACUAGCAAUGAAGAAACCAUCAAAACAAUUGAGUUUGUCACCCAAUGUUCGAUGAAUUCUUUAGGAAGUGUAUUUUCAACGAUUGAUUUCAUUGAAAACGUGUUGAAUGAAGAUCUGUCGUCCAUGAAGCGCCAAUUCUUGAUAACAGUUGCCGACAUAAUUCUCAAAAACUCUUCACAAGAAAACACCAAUACAAAUAAUUCAAUGAGCUCUCAGAAUUCUUUCAAUACAAAUAAUUCUAUGAGUUCUAUCAAUGAAAAUGUUGUGAAAUUGUUUUUGAAAUUAUCAAGGUAUUACUUGUUAUUUAGAAGCAUGUGUGAGAAGAAUGAUUAUCUGGAGACACUCUACGAAGAAUCUCCAUUUUAUGAACCAAGAAUUCAGCAUCCUCCUCCAAAAAGAUCUCCAUCUGCACAACACAUCAUUACUUAUGACACAUUCAGUAACCAGAUCAAACAUAUGUCACGAACAGUGUCAAGCCAGCAAAUAAAUGACCCAGAUCUUCCUGAAUUACCUCCAUUCAUCAGAUCUACAUCAGGAAGUUUCGAAAAUCCAAAGGCGAGUGAGUUCUUGGACCAAAUAGAGAAAAUGUCACAAUAUAGAUCAUUCUCUGUUUUCGGUUUGAGAUUCGAUCCAGAAGGAAAUUGGUUGGAUCAAGAUUUGGCACAAAAAGUGACAGAAGUUUUUCUGAAAUAUCGAUAUUCUGAAUUUUUAAUGGCAGAUUUAAUCAUUUGUUCAUUUUUGUUGCAUUCCAAACCAGAUGUUGCCAUUACUCAUGCACAUAACAUUAAGAUAAAAGACGACGAAAAAGAGAAAAUCUCAAAUGUCGUUUGUUUAUUAAAUAAUCAUAUGAACAAAUGCAACCAAAAGCAGCAAACAAUGAUAACAUGUGAGAAAUGUAUAGAGAAUUCAUUUACUCACACAGCAAGAAUCAGACCAUUAUUAGAUCAAUCAAUUGUCCAAAUGAUUUGUUCUACUUCUGUUGAUUAUUGUACAUUAGUUUCUCAAAAUUCACAGAAGAUGAUAAGUGGAUCAUCGUAUAUGACUGAUGAUUUCAUUGGCGAAUCAUUAGUUAGUGUCGGAUCAGUGAUUGACGACAUCGCAUUCCAAAGACGCGAAAACGUAAGAAGAUGGAAUACUCUUUGGAGAUAUUUGAGUGUAGAAAGAGCUCCAUGGUCAUUUUUGUCUCCUGACCAAUCUCAUUUCAAGAGAGAUAAUACUGCUUGUUUGUUAUUCUGUCCAUUCAAAUUGAAGAGAAACUUGCAUUUCUAUAACAACGAAAUCAAAGUAAGAAGAGAUUCAAUGAGUGUUCCCCUUAAAUUGUUCGAAGUUUCCGGAAGAAUUAAUGAUGAAAUUGAUACUCCAAAUGAAGACAAAUCCCAAAUUUUCUUUGAAACACAAUGUGUUGUAAUUUCUCCUUCAAAUGAAAGAGAUGCACAAUUUGUGUUAACAAAGAAAUACCUCAAAUUGAAUUUCCUUGAUAAAAAGAAAUGGUAUCCGUUGAAUACUAUUAUUCAUCUGUUCUUUAGAAGAAGAUUCCACAAACCAAAUUCAAUUGAAGUAUUUUUUGACAGUGGCAAAAAUUAUUUCAUUUAUUUCCCUUACGAUAAUUCUCUUGACAUUUUACAAAAGAUGUCAGAACUGAAUUUGCCAAAUGUCAAAACACUUCAAACUAAGCCAUUCCAAGUCUUCUUCCAGAGCUCUCAAAUGACAAACAAAUGGUUGGAAAACAGAGUUUCUAAUUUCGAAUAUUUGAUGCAUCUGAAUAUAAUGAGUGGCCGAACAUUUAAUGAUUUGACACAGUAUCCAAUACUUCCAUGGGUAUUCUCUGAUUUUAUAGAUCCUUCUUUUUCAUUAGAUAAACCAGAGAAAUACAGAGAUUUGAAUAAACCUUUGGGAGUAAUGAACAAAGAAAGAUUGACAGAAAUUUUCAAGAAAAUGUCAGAACAACAUGAAGCUGGUGAAGCAAUUUCUAUGUACCAAAGUGCUCCUCUCAAUGAACCUUCUGUUUGUAAUUAUCUUCAAAGAAUUGAACCGUUUACAUCGAUGAACAACGAUAUUCAGAAAUCUUUGUUUGAUAAUUCUGACCCAAUUUUCAUGUCAAUUUCUGAAACAUAUGAACAAGUUACACAUAAUUUGAAUGAUUACAGGGAAUUGACACCUGAAUUUUUCGGAAUGCCAGAGUUCUUGUUCAAUAACCAGGCAAAGAAACCAAAUGAUGACGUGGAACUUCCGAAAUGGUCUAAAAACGCAACAGAAUUCGUUUAUUUGCACAGAAAAAUUUUGGAAUCUCCAAAAGUGACAGAAAAUUUACAUCAUUGGAUUGAUUUGAUAUGGGGUGUUCGCCAGAAAUCUAACAGUGAUGGGUUCCCUGAGAAUAUCUAUUCACAGGAAAUGUACGAAGACAUUUGGUCGACAGAGAAAUCAGAAGAAGAAACUCAGAAAAUACAAAGUGUUUUGGAAUACAACGGCCAAAUUCCUCCUCAGUUGUUCACUUCACCUCACCCACAAAGAACAUUUUCCAUUGAUCCGCAAUACACAUUUACGAGUCCUUGUGGUUUUAACAUACCUUUAUCCGGUGAAGUUCUUUUGUCAAGAAUUGAUCCGAUGACAGGACAAAAUGGUUUGUUGAUUAACGCGAAAAUCAGUGUUUUAGAUGCAAAUGGAACGAUUUUCACAGCAACGGUUGAUUUCUCACAGUACAUGAGAAUCAACGGAAACCAUCCAAAACCAAGACAUUCCCAUUCCGGUCCUACAAAGUCAUCAAGUUCCAAUUUGACAGAAAUUCCAACAGUUAAACCAAAAAGUGACAAACCAAAAACUGACAAAAAGUUAAUGCCUGUUUCCACACCAUCUAUUGGUUCAUUGCGAUCAUACGAUGUAGGAAACAUUGACAUGGAACAUGUCACAAUUACCACUAAAUCUGUCAAGAAUUUGCCACAAAUUACGACGAAGAAAACAAGUAAUAUGUGGUCGAACAUCAGACAGAGUUCAAUUGCCUGCAUUUCUCCAAUUACUGGUCGUGUCUACAUUGUUGACAUGACAACAGGAAAUGUAGACAAAAUGAACGCUCUCCAUAACGACGCCGUUUGUUUGGAUUCCGAUAGAAACUACAUAGCUGUUGCUUUGACAGAUACAGCUUUGUGUGUCUUUAGAUUGGACAAUUUAGUUCUUCCUAUUGUUGUUAUGCCAUCUUACAGAUAUUCCAUUGAGUGUUGCGCUGUUUCUGCUUCUUAUUACUUAGUAGUAAUGGGAACAAGAGAUGGUUCAUUGAUCAUUAACUCUCUCAACAAUGGAGGAACAGUUAGAUCAAUUGAUUUACACGGCUGCAGACCAAGACAUGUAAUUAUCACUCAUUCUUGGGCUUUUAUCGUUGUUUACAUGACAGAAAUGGUCGAAGGAAGUGAAGCUCACUUCAUCUCUGUUUACAAUGUGAAUGGUGAGUUUAUCAGGAAGACACAAAUUGACAGUGCAAUUGUUGCUUGGGAUACAUGGAUAUCUCCACAAGGAUUCGAUUAUAUUGUCUUCGUUGAUCACAAAGGAAGAUUGUUUUCUUUCGAAGUUUUCUUCUUGAAUAUCGAAAAACCUUUCUUCAGAUUUUGGAAGCCGGUAUCGUCUGUCAAGUUCUUAGGUGAUAUUUCUACAGUUGCUGUUGUUACAACUGAUGGAUUAAUUACUUUUAUCCCGAAUAUGAUUCAAUAA